AUGGGGGAUCCCGGGGGGGAUCCAGGCUGGAGGGUGCGGGGGGGACUGGGGGUGCACGGGGAAUGGAGGGGAGCAGGGGCACAGGGACCCCGGGCUAGUGCCACUCGGGGAUCUUAAGGCGGUGGGAGCUCCGGGGUCCCGAUGCCGUGCAGGAGGUGCACAGCCCUCGGGAACAGCGGGAGCUGGCACCGUGGGUGAAGCAGGGGACUCUGUGCGCUACAGGGGAGCAGCACAGACGGGCAGGGGGCGGGUGUGACCCCAGCGAGGGGCUCUGCUCUCACCCCACUCUCCCACCCUGCUCAGGUCCCAGGGGGAACCUCGGGGCUGUCACCAUGUCCCAGGCCACCACCUGCCUCAAGCAGCAGGAGGAUGGCGGGGAGAGCCCCCCACCGCUGCCAUCACCACCAGGAUCCCCGCACGUUUUCCCUCCGGAGACGCUGUUCCAACAGGCAGGUGGGGUCACCUAUCGCAUCCCGGCUCUGCUCUACGUCCCCCCCGAUGAUUCCUUCCUGGCCUUUGCCGAGAAGCGCUCCUCGGCCCGGGACGAGGAUGCCAAGUACCUGGUGCUGCGGCGGGGCCGCCGGCACGGCUCCUCGGUCAAGUGGGGUCCCAUGGAGGAGCUGUCGGCGUUGGCGCUGCCGGGCCACCGCACCAUGAACCCCUGUCCUCUCUACGACGCCAGGAGCGGCACCGUCUUCCUCUUCUGCAUCUGCGUGGAGCAGGGAAAGACGGAGCGCUGCCAGAUCUGGAGCGGCUGCAGCGCCGCCCGCCUCUGCUUCGCCACCAGCGCCGACGGCGGCCGCGGCUGGAGCGCGCUGCGGGACGUGACGGACGAGGCCAUCGGCGCCGACCUGUCCCGCUGGGCCACCUUCGCCGUGGGGCCGGGCCACGGCGUGCAGCUGGCCUCGGGGCGGCUGGUGGUGCCGGCCUACACCUACUACGUGCACGGCUGUCUGUGCGGGGCGCUGCGGCUGCCCUGCUUCACCCGCCAGCACUCCCUCGUGUUCUACAGCGACGACGGCGGGCGCCGCUGGCACAAGGGCGCCCUGCUGGGCGGCGAGCGCACGGGCGAGUGCCAGGUGGCCGAGCUGGGCGGCCCGCGGCAGCCCGUGCUGUACUGCAGCGCCCGGGCGCCGCGGGGCUGCCGGGCCGUGGCGCUCAGCACCGACCGCGGCCUGCGCUUCCAGCGGCCGGCGCCGUGCGCCGCGCUGGGCGAGCCGCCGCGGGGCUGCCAGGGCAGCGUGCUCAGCUUCGCCCGCUCCGCCGGGGAGCCCCCCUGGCUGCUCUACUCGCACCCCACCGACCGGCACCGCCGGCGCGAUCUGGGGCUCUACGUGAACCCCUCGCCGCCGGACGGGGCGGGCUGGCGGCGGCCCUGGCUGCUGCACGCCGGGCCCGCCGGCUACUCCGACCUGGCCGCCUGCCCCGGCGGCCUCUUCGGGUGCUUGUUCGAGUGCGGCGCCAGCAGCGCCUGCGAGGAAAUCGCCUUCUGCCUCUUCACCCUGGAGCCCUCCGGCGAUCAGGAGCUCAAGGCUUCCUGAAACAGACCCGUUUUAGGCAGCGCGGCCGCUCUGAGCGUCGGCGGCCGGAGCCAGUGAGCGCGGCAGUGCCGGGACCUCGCCAGGACAUUGCGAGUGCGCCAGAAGCUCAGCAUCGUGCACCUUUUAUUUAAUUAUGCCUUUUUAAUCACCCGUCAGGUGUUGUCGGUGACCUGCGGCAGUGGAGUCUCUGCUCUGGCUUGGCCAAGGGGGAUGCCAGCACAGCAUACAAAAUGCUGCUGCUUCUCCAAAAAUCAGCAUUUUUCACCUGGUGGCAGCUGAAAAGCAGAAGGUGCCAGCAAGAGCAGCUGACUCCCUGAGGAAAAAGUACCCAGAACUCUUGGUUUAGUUAAAAAUAUUCCAGUUCCUGUGUUCCUGCAGGUGGCAGAAGAUUCCCAGGUUUUACCAUUUUUUAUCCUGCUUUCUUCACUUGCCUACUUUAGACUGAGUUUCUCCCUGCCCCCUGGGGAAAAGCGCUCGAAUCUUGACUGGGGGCAAGGAGAGAGGAGUGUUGGGGAGUGUUGCAUUCUGCUCCAUAGGGAACAGCUUCUAGCAUCCCGACAGUGACAGUGACCUCACAUCCCCGUGCUGCUGUCAAAUA